AGUUUUCGAGAGAGAGGAAAAGAGCGGGAGAGGGAGAAGUCAAUGAGAAAAACAUUCCAUGUGAAUGUCAAGGGCGGGAAGCUGGAGGGACAAAGCUAAUUCUUUAAGGAGUCUUCCUCUGUGGCUGCUGGACUGCUUCCGUCAUGUUCUCAGACACCAGAGCACCUGGGGAGCACAGAGGCUUUCAGCACAGCAACCCUCAUCUCAACCUCUGGCUCCACAAUAGAUUCAGGGCCCAUCACAGUGACAUGGGACUCAAUGGGCAGCGCAGGCGGACUGAUGCCAACCUUACCUAUCCCAACAGAGCCAAAGAGGUAGGCUUUAAAUCACAAGAGGUUAUCAACAAUAUACAUGUGAAGGAAAGGAUGGGUCCCCAUUUGAAUGGACUGGGAUUGGAGGAGCUAGAUUUAAGAAGCCAAGUUGGCAGUCCUUCCAGGUGGAGCCAGGUCCGGUCUCCAGAGCCAGGCCUGAGACACAGCGCAUCUGUCAGGAACCACUACACAGAACACUCCUUUGUUUGGAACCACCGCCAGACGUUACCACACCCCUCAGUCAGGAACUCCGUUACUGCCCCCGCUCCACCAACACAGUUCAAAGGUCAAGACGGCUGUAAAGUGCCUGUUUGUUUGGAGGACCAGCUUUGGGGUUACCCCAGACAGACCUGUCAGAGAAACCUUCAUAAAUCCAGCUGGGUGGAUACAACCACAGCCACACAGGGCUUACCCAGACACCAGAGUUUCGGUUCUACCUUGAGGUCCACCCCCAAAAAAGUCAGAAACAUCCAGAGAGACUUGACUAGACCAGUAGGCGGACCAGAGACCAGAAGAGACCAGAAAUACUUGACUAAACCUGUGGAGGGUUACAAUGGACCCAGCUCUCUGCAUGAGGUCAUAUUCUCUACAGAGGUUCCUCAGAGAAAUAUUGGAGGUCCCACUCUCCGACCCCAGCAGAGCUCCAGUAAGCCCUGUCCCACCCCAGAGGAUGUCCAGACCAGGCCCGCCAGCGGCCACCAUGGCUCCAGGAGAGGGCCAGGGCUGACUGGGUCGAAGAGGAGCCACCGGAAGGUGGUCCGUGAUCAGAUCCGGAGAGUGGUGGAGAACCUGGAGGAGGUUCUAGGAGGCCUGAAGGACAUCCAUCAGGAGAUGAAGGAGGUGGUGCAGCAGAUUGAGCUGCUGACCUCGUCCAUUGACCUGAGUGAAGGGGAAGCCAGCCCCAGCCUGCCCAGCGACAGUAGCUCCACCUCCAGUGGAGUCGCGAUGGGCAGUAGCCAUCAGAGGCCCAGAGGCCCAGGGGGUGAGGAGGCCAGGCAGGGGGACGCAGCUCUGUCCUCCCUCAUCAGGACUAACUCACCCCAGCGUCACAACCCUGCCUCCAGCCCGGUCCGCCUUCCCCACCAACUUGCUCCCAGGCCUCACAGGAGUAGCCCUGUUCGCCCUCCCACCUCUGGUCUGUCCCCCAUCAGUACCAACCCACCUCACCCCAACACCCAUGAUCCCUCAGUCAAGAGCAAGAGUUUACAUUACCCCCUCAACCAUGCCUCUAACUCUGCUCUCUUUCACAUCCUUGGACUUUCCCCCCAUGAAAUAAGUUCCCCUCCUCACCCCUCUGCUCUCGGUCCUUCUGUCACCUUAGAAACCCAAACAGGGUCACCCAUGAGGUCACCUCUCCCUGUCAGCCCACCCAGAGCCCGUAAGACCCAGACCAUGGUGGAGGGAGUGAGGACAACAUCUGCUAGACCGCUGGGGCUAACGCAGGGCCAGACAGUCCCACACGGCCCAGGGAGAGUUCCGGGGCCCAAGGGCCACAAGCCGCCUCCUUACCCGCACGAUGGGCACUUUGAUCGGGGGGCAAGUAAAGGCAAGGACCCCAAGAAAGCUCCCCCAUAUCCUGUGAAGAGAAGACUGCUCUCGACCACGGUGUGAGAGGGAGGUGGUUGGAUUAAUGGAGCAACUACCACAGAGCUGAGGGAGCAGAGGGUGAUUUAAGGCUCGCCAACUUGAGCAGAGCCCACAUUUCCAAGGUGAUGAGAGGUGUCUCGGGGGGACAGUGCCGUCAGGAGGAGAGGUUGAACGGUUCUGUUCUGACGACAGCGUAUGUCUGAGGCUUUGUCCUUGCGAGGGAGGAUGGUCA